AUGUCAGGAAAGGCCACAAUAAAUAAUCUAAUAGCUCACUAUUUAAAAACCAACAACUAUCCAAAAACAUUAAAACAAUUUGAAGAAGAAAAUGGGAAACCAAUAGAUAGUAAUUUAGAUAAUCCAUCAGAAAAUUCAUUACGAUCUAUAAUUCAAGAUCGAUUAAUAUUUAAUUCAUUAUCAUCUCAAUUUCAAAAUACGUCAAUUAAUUCAAAUGAUCAAGAACUCAUACCUCAAAAGCUUAAAUUUUUAAUCGAUAAUGAAUUUACGAAUUGGAAUUUACCAUAUCCUCAUAUACCAGAUGUUUUAGAUAUUCAUCCAUUAAUCAUCUCAUCUGCUUAUGAUUCAUUAUCUGGUACAUUAUAUUUCACAACUAAUGAUUCUCAGAUCAUCAUCAAAAAAGGAAACAAUUUGAAAAAGAUCAAAUUUCAAGAAAUUAUCAAAAAGAUUUUGGUUUUUGAAGGUGGUGUUUUACUAUUAGGAAUGAGUGGGUAUUUAUACUUGAAAGAUUUCAAUUUAGAAAAUGUAAGUGAUGAAACACCAGUUAUUCAAACUCAAUCUCGAUUUACAGUUGAUGCUAAAGUUAUUAAAUUUGAAGGUACCAAUUAUGUUGUAACAUUAGCAUUCAAUAACAUACUCAAAUUGAUAAAGAUAGAUGAUAAUAAAUUUGAGAUCUUAGAUGAACUUAAAUUGGAUCUUCAAGGCACUUGUUUUGAUUUGACAAUAUAUCAAAAUCAAAUUGUGAUAGUAGUAGGAAAAUUAGAAAAUACAUUACUAGAUGUUUACACCAUAACCAAUUUCAAGUUUAAGUUACAUUAUAAAAUAUCAAUCAACGAUGCAGAAUUUACCACGUCUAGCUUUUCUCCACGUUAUGUCACAUUCUCAAAUCCAUCAAAUAAAACUGAAAUCCCAAUAAUAGCAGUUGCAACAUCUCAUGAUCCAUUUAUGAGAAUCAUUUUAGUAUCAUUAAUUGACUUUGAGUCCCCAACUCCUAUAUCAAGGAAUCAAAUUUUAAAAAAUUACAAUACAUUAUCUCCACAAGAUAAAUUUUCUCAACCUUUAAUAAGUUGGAGAUAUCAUAAUAAUAAAAUUUCGGGGAUUUGGGUAAUGGGUGAUGAUGGAACUAUCCGAGGUUUAGAUGUUUUAGAAAAUAAAAUUAUAAAAGAAUUAAAACCAUCAAACGAGUCAAGAGGUCAUAAAACCAAAAUCAAAGAUUUCAUUCACUUUAUAGAUAAAGACGGUAAGGAGAAUUUAGUAACCAGUGGAAUAGACAGACAAGUAAUUGAAUGGAAAUCAUAG